UUUUUAUUCGUAAGGGUAUCUGUCAAAGCCUUGUAGUUUUUUGUGUUUGAACUCUUUGUUUUUUUUCCAAAAAAGUUUAAAGUAAUGAUAAAGGAGGGGGUCUUGUGAGCUGGAAUACUUCGAAGAGAAGGAAUUAGAUAACUACUGCCAGUCUGCGACAAAUAUAUGAGUUGAAGAGGAAAAAAGAAAUAUUUUUCUUGUUUUGUAUUAUUAGUUUGGACAGACUAUUACCAAAUGGAAGAAUCUUCAAACGGGAAACUAGAGCAGAUCCAGAAAGUGGAGUCACAGGAGGAGGAUAAGAAAAUAGUUGUUGAAGAGUUAGGAGAGGUUCAAGGUGACGCUGAAUCAGUGAGAGAAAUUGUUGAUAAUCGGAAUCCUGAGUCUGCAAAUGUUGACCGUGAUGAUCCUCAGGUUGUAGAUUCAAGAGAAUUGGAGGAGGAGAAAACGAUAAUCGACUCAGUUGUUGAUCCAAAUGAGCCAGAGGCUUCCCUUGCAAAAGAGUUAACUGAGGAUGCUGAAGUAGCAGUUGAGAUGUCAGAGGCUCAUGGUGAUAUUGCUGAAUCAGAAUCUAAGGAAACUGAAGUCAGAAUUUCGCAGUCUUUGGAGGAGAGCAACUGUGUUUCUGCUGAUGAAACAAAUGACUUAUCCACUGAGGAAGAAACUUUGCCUUCUGAUGAUGAGAAAAAUGAGGUUUCUCAAGCUGUGACAGAGACGAUUGGGGAAAUAAUUUUGCCCUCUUCUGAGGAGAAUAGCGAGGCUCCUCCAGUUAUAACUGAUAUUGUGUCCAAGGGAAUUGAGGAAACAAAAUUGCCAGUUUUGGAACAGCAUACUGAGGAAUCAUCCAAGGGAAAAGUUGAUGAACUAAACCAGGCAAUGGCAAAUUCAGGAACUGUUGACGACACCUGUAAUCCCCCUGAAUUGGCCAACGAGCCUGAGACUAUUCCUGGAAGCACUGGAAAUCCGCCUAGUAUAUCUUUGACUCAGGGCAAUUUCCGACCAACUUCAUGGAGAAGCUGCUGUGGACUUCUUGACAUUCUGCGUCGCUCUGAUAGAUAAAUUGAAGUGGUUGAUCUACUAUCAUGCACACUUAUAUUAAUUUCCCAGUGUUUAGACUCUAGAGUCUCUUUUAUAUCGAUUGUAAAAUCUGCAUGAUUUUUAGUUGUAUUUCCUAUAACAAGGUAAUUCUAAAAGCCUUGCUUUCGAUUUCAGAAAAUAAUUGAAAAGGAUUCAAAAAAUGAACUUGGCGAUUGUGAAUGAGAAAUAGGGAAAGAUUUACAUAAAGCAGGAGAGUAUGUAAGUUGUGGUGAUCAACUAUGGACUGUGGAUUAUGGUCCCAGUAGAUUGUGUUUUCUAUCCAUCAAUUGAGGAUGAAAAUUUAUGGGUUUUUUUCUUUUCA